AUGGAGGUUGAGGAAUCCCCAAUUCCUCCCAGUCACAAGCUAUGUGGAUUCCUCACAACAGUCCUAUCAUCAAUCCAUUCUGAAUCGAAAGCCCUAGAAUUCGGCACUCGUCUUGAACUAUUCUCCCAGAAAUCCGACAUCGUAUUUAAAUCCAAUGCCGGUGUCAUUCUCUCUCCGAUUCCAUAUUCUGGCGGCAUUCGCUUUGAUGAUGAUUGUUUGAAUUCGACAACGACGACACCGGGGAAGAAGACGAAGAAGAAGAAAGGUAGUAAUGUGAAGAGUCCGAAGAAGGUUGGGAAUGUGCAAGGGAAUGGAAUUGUGAGUGUGAUUCGUCAAUUGAAGACAUUGUUGAAGCAGAAGUGCUUGGAGAUUGUUACCAGAGUUGUUGGAAUUUCAAUUCGGGAAGGAGAUAGUGAAAUUAGGGUUGCGGUUUUGGUUGAUGUGUAUCUCCCAAUUGCAUUGGAGUUAGGUUGGCAGUUCCCUAAGUCUGCCACUACUGCUGCGUCAGUCUUUCGCCAUUUGAGUUGCGAAUGGCAGGAACGGACUUUAAUUCUGAAGGAUGGAUAUUAUAAAGAUAUAGUUGGAGGCAAUAAGGGUUUAUGGAAUCUAGCUGACUGUCAUGUUCUUGGGUGUAAGCAGCAUUCUGAUAUUUCUGAUUCUUCAAAGAAAAAGGGAUUUGAACUUCACGAGAUUUUUAAGAGCUUGCCUAGCUUGUCUGGAGAUGUGAAGUCUUUUUCUUCAAGAAUAAUGCUGGAGGAAAAGGUUUUUGCAUCUGGCAUUUGGGAUUUAACAGAUGAUAUUGUGCAAAAAAUUAUAUCUUGUCUCUGUCCGGUAGAUAUUGUAAGGGUUUCUGCUACAUGUCGUCAUCUGAGGCUCUUGUCUGUAUCGAUUAUGCCAUGUAUAAAGCUCAAGCUUUUUCCACAUCAGCAAGCUGCCGUUGAGUGGAUGGUGCAACGAGAGAGGAAAGUUGCUACUUUACAUCAUCCGCUGUAUUUAGACUUCUUGACUGAAGAUGGAUUUGCUUUCUGCAUUAAUAUUGUAUCUGGUGAAAUAGUCACGGGAACAGCUCCAACAGCCAAGGAUUUCCGCGGUGGAAUGUUUUGUGAUGAACCUGGACUUGGUAAAACUAUUACAGCUCUUUCACUUAUUCUGAAGACCCAAGGAACACUGGCUGACCCACCAGAAGGUGCGGAAACAAUUUGGUGCUCACAUAAUGGUGAUCAGAAAUAUGGCUAUUAUGAGUGCAGUAGUGGCAGUAGAUACACUGGUGUGGCUACCCCAUCCUCAGGACAAAAAUGUGCGAGUCAGAGUGAUAGAAGGUCCCAGUUUUCUCCCGAUGAGCUGAUUCCAAAGGAUCAAUUUACACCAAAGAGGGCCAGUUCUUGUGGGAAGAGUACGUCAUCCAUGUCUUCUUGUCGGAAAAGACUAGCUUUAGCAUCAUCUGAACUUUCUCCCCUGACGCCUGAAUCUACUUUAGUUCCCUGCGCCAGGAGCUUGAGUUGUGUUAAGAAAAAUCUUACGUGUACAUAUGAAAGAACUUCCAGAAAUCCUGAAGAAAAUAAUACAGGUUCAAGCAAACGAUUUAGAAUUUCAUAUCCAUCUCCAUUUGCUAGCAAGAGGCGGAGGAAGGAUUUGGGAGAUAAGUCUGUGUUAUAUAAUGAAACUUGGAUUCAGUGUGAUGCUUGUCAGAAAUGGCGUAGGCUUUUUGAUGACAAUUUAGCUGAUUCAACAACUGCUUGGUUUUGUAGUUUGCACACUGACCCCUUGUACAAGAGUUGUGAUGCUCCUGAAGAGUCAUGGGAUUACAGCCAACCUGUUACUUAUUUACCUGGAUUUUACAGAAAAGAAACUCCCGGAGAACUGCCUCAAAAUGUGGAAUUUUUCACUACUGUGCUAAAGGAGAAUUAUACUUUACUCAACUGUCAGACCAAGAAAUCUUUAAAAUGGCUUGCUAAACUUCCAUAUGACAAACUCUUGGAAAUGGAGACAGUUGGAUUGGUUCGUCCUGGUCAGGUGACUACGAAAGAGGCUAAUGGAUUCAAUAAAAUAUUUCAAGCAUUUGGCUUUGUGAGGAGGGUGGAGCAGGGUGUUAGUCGGUGGUUUUAUCCAAAAACCCUAAAAAAUCUGGUCUUCGAUUCACCUGCUCUCCGAAUUGCUCUUUGCGAGCGGUUAGACUCAUUCAGGAUGUACUUGUCACGGGCAACUCUCAUCGUCGUUCCAUCAAAUUUGGUUGAUCACUGGAAUUCACAGAUCCAGAAGCAUGUGAAACCUGAGCAAUUGCGGGUUUAUGUCUGGACGGAUCAUAAGAUAAAGAAGCCUUCUGUUCACAACCUUGCAUGGGAUUAUGAUGUUGUCAUAACAACCUUUAGUCGGCUCAGUGCUGAGUGGAAACCUCACAAGAGAAGCGUCUUGAUGCAAAUUCACUGGAUGAGGGUCAUGCUAGAUGAGGGACACACUCUGGGAAGCAUAAACCUGACCAAUAAAAUGCAGAUGGCAGUUUCACUGAGUGCUUCAAAUCGUUGGAUUUUAACAGGAACUCCUACUCCAAAUACUCCUAGUAGUCAGGUUUCUCAGAUUCAACCUAUGUUGAAAUUUCUUCAUGAUGAAGUAUAUGGAGAAAGUCACAAGAACUGGGAAGCUGGUAUCCUGAAGCCUUUUGAAGCACAGAUGGAGGAGGGUAAAUUGCGUUUAUUGCAAUUACUAGAGAGGUGCAUGAUUAGUGCUAGGAAAGCUGACUUACGUUGCAUUCCUCCCUGUAUCAAGAAAACAACCUGUGUUGAUUUUACAGAGGAACAUGCAAAAACGUAUAACGAACUCGUCGUUACAGUUCGGCGUAACAUUUUGAUGGCUGAUUGGAAUGAUCCUUCUCAUGUAGAAAGUUUGCUGAACCCAAAGCAAUGGAAAUCCAGGACCAGCACUAUCAGAAAUGUCAGGCUUUCUUGUUGUGUGGCUGGAAAUAUUAAAGUAUCACUUGUUGGUAAGGAUAUUCAAGAAACGAUGGAUAUCUUAGUCCAAAAUGGUUUGGAUCCUCUUUCGGCGGAGCAUGCUCUUGUAAGAUACUAUCUUUCGUAUGGUGGUAACUGCCAGAGAUGUAAAGAAUGGUGCCGUCUACCUAUUGUUACACCAUGUAGGCAUCUCAUGUGCCUUGAUUGUGUUUCUUUAGAUAGUGAAAGAUGUGCUAUUCCUGGUUGCGGUCAUUCAUAUGAGAUGGAGAGUCCUGAAGUACGGAGAAGACAAGAAAACCCAAAUCCUAAGUGGCCUGUCCCAAAAGAUCUCAUUGAGCUACAACCAUCAUAUAAGCAGGAUAGUUGGGAUCCAGACUGGCAAUCAACUUCCAGUAGUAAAGUCAUGUAUCUUAUUCAGAGGCUUAAAGAAAUUCAGGUUGCUAGAAAUAAAAAAGAUUGCUCAAUGGGCGAGGGAAGUUAUGCGGAAAGACCUUGUGAUCUCAGUUUUACUCAAGAGACAUGUUGCAAGCCAAGGAUUGAUUCUUCCGAGGCCCUUUCUGAGAAAGUUCUCAUAUUUUCUCAGUUUCUUGAGCACAUACAUGUCAUUAAACAACAGCUGGCUAUCGCUGAUAUCAAAUUUGCUGGAAUGCAUAGCCCAAUGAAUGCCAUUAACAAGAAAAAGGCGCUCACCACCUUUCAAGAUGAUCCAAGCUGUAUGGUGCUUGUGAUGGAUGGAAGUGCUGCACUAGGUUUAGAUUUGAGCUUUGUUACCCACGUGUUUCUAAUGGAGCCAAUUUGGGAUCGGAGUUUGGAGGAACAAGUGAUUAGUCGUGCUCAUCGUAUGGGUGCAGUGCGUCCCAUUCAUGUUGAGACCUUAGCGAUGCGUGGUACUAUUGAAGAGCAAAUGCUGGAGUUCUUGCAGAAUGUUGAUGAAUGUAGAAGGUUGUUGAAUGUAGAUGAUGAGAAAACUGAACAUGAAGGAGCUCGGACGCACAAAUCGUUACAUGAUUUUGCUGAGAAAACUUAUUUGGUUCGCCUGAGCAUGGUGCGAACAAAGGCAUAAUGCCAUAAAUGGCAUGGAGUAUCUCUUAAGAUGCAGAGAACAAGGUGGUCAAAGCUCUGCAGAGGAGUUCUUUUCAUUUAUUUUAGAAUUUCAGAAGGCGUCCAGGUUUGUAUAAAGCCCAUGGAUGGAAGAUUUCUCCAUGCUAUUUUAUAUUAUGAUUUUUGGGUAUGGGGAGAGGAAGAUUGUAUCACUAUCUGCAAGGGUUGUCUUUGAAUGAUCUAAGAAAAACAAGGACUAGUCAAGGAGUUAACGUAUUGCUCCAAUCAAUCAAUCAUUGAAGGAGCAUAUACAGGAAUACCUACAGGGCAUGCCAUGAAAAGAAAAUGGAAGUUAUUUUGGGAAGAUAUCUGGAGUAAUGUGGAACUUUAUUUAGGUCUGGAUGGAAUAACUUGUUCUGGUAUAUAAUUCCUUUCCCGAGACUUUAAGCAACCUUUAUCUUGUCCUAAACAGCUGCCAUUCUUGACUAACCCUUAGUACUAUUUCUUGUAAACUAGCAUCGUGCAUUAUAGACGAUGAGUGGGAGUUUGGGCAUUUGUCAAUCCCUCCAACUACGUGCUGCCAUUCUUGACAGAAUCAAGAGCUUACCCCCAACUUGUCUUCACAAGUCAGACAAUCCCUCCUCUCCCUUUGUCUAUGCUAACCAGUUCUCCCUUGCCCAAGCAUACAAAACAACGAUUUUAUGGAAGUCAAAAUUACCACCAAAAUAUGCCUUCUUCAUGUGGUUAGCUUGGUGGGAUAAGGCAGAUUGUUCUUGACCCUUGUUCAAUUCUUAACUCCACGUAGAGAACACCAUGCAUGUCCUAAGAGAUUGCAUUAUAGCUGAGGCUGUGUGGCACAUUUUACUGCCACACAUUUUACUCCUUCCCCAAAAGUUUUGGUCAAGUUAUAUUUCUUUCACACAAGGUCGUAUAAUGGUCUAUAUGGAACUUGCUCUUGCCUUUUGUGUUGAAAUUUGGAAACAGGAAUACAUUUGUUUUUGAUGGUAAAUUGCAUGAUUAGCCAAGCUUAGAGAGCCAUUACUCUUGCCAUGGAGUUUCCGAAGUUCAACCCACAAGCAGUUAGCCCACCCUUGGUCCAGAAUUUACAGAUUUCCACCCUUCCCCGACUUUUAACUAAUUGGAUUCAUGUGAAUGUUGAUGCCUCAUUUCUGAACAACGAUAUCCC